AUGGGUGCCGGCGUGCAGCUCUGCGCCAGGGACUUGGAGCCCUCGAUCUUCUCGCAGUGCCGCUUCUUCAUGAAGGCCAGGGGCAAGUUCCAGUCCGUCAGCCUGCUGCUCCUCUGCCUGCUCGUGCUGCGGGGCUGCGCGCAGGACUUCGGGCAGACGCGCUUCAUCUGCACCUCGGUGCCGCUGGACGUGGACAUGUGCAGCGCGUCCUCCUCGGCCCCCGCGCAGGGCGGCGGCGCCGAGGAGCUGCGGAGCACGGUGCUGCAGCUGCGGGAGAGCGUGCUGCAGCAGAAGGAGACCAUCCUCAACCAGAAGGAGACCAUCCGCGAGCUGACGGCCAAGCUGGGCCGCUGCGAGAGCCAGAGCCUGCUGGACGCGCUGCCCAACGAGGCCAAGCCGGGCGGGCGCAAGCCGGGCGGCUUCCCCAAGAACACCAUGGGCGACCUGUCCCGCGCCCCCGCCGCCGAGACCCUGCACCAGCUCGGCCAGACCCUGCAGGCGCUCAAAGCGCGGCUGGAGAACCUGGAGCAGUUCAGCAGACUCAACGCGUCCGGCCAGGGCGGCAGCCUGAAGGACGUGCUGCAGAGCAAGAUCGACGACCUGGAGAAGCAGGUGCUGUCCCGCGUCAACAGCCUGGAGGAGGGCAAGUUCAACGGCAAGAACGAGUCGGAGGAGCGGGGCAAGAUCGAGAGCACGCUCACCUCGCUGCACCAGCGCAUCAGCGACCUGGAGAAAGGCCAGAAGGACACGCGGCCCACGGACCGCUUCCAGCUGACCUUCCCGCUGCGCACCAACUACAUGUACGCCAAGGUGAAGAAGAGCCUGCCCGAGAUGUACGCCUUCACCGUGUGCAUGUGGCUCAAGUCCAACGCCUCGCCCGGCGUGGGCACUCCCUUCUCCUACGCCGUGCACGGCCAGGCCAACGAGCUGGUGCUCAUCGAGUGGGGCAAUAACCCCAUGGAGAUCCUCAUCAACGACAAGGUGGCUAAGCUGCCCUUCACCAUCAACGAUGGCAAGUGGCACCACAUCGGCAUCGCGUGGACCACGAGGGACGGCGUGUGGGAGGCCUACCAGGACGGCACGCAGGUGGGCAACGGCGAGAACCUGGCC